UAGUUUAUAUAUACUUCUAAUUUGGCUUAAUUUUGGUUAAUAUAUGUGUAUAAAGUUUUGGGUGAAGUUGGUAUGAUUUGGUUUAGGACUCUGCAGCUGGGAUCAAGUUUGAUUUCUUGGCUUCUUGUCACAAAAGGCGAAAUCCCUUUUGCGGGCCCACACCUUGGUCUGAAAAGAUUUGUAGAUGUGGUAAAUCACGGUGACUUAACGGCCUAUUAGGUGGGAAGAUUAGUGUCUAGUGCCCACAAAGAGCCCUCCAUAUUGAGUGUAACUCCUACACUAUGACUAUCCGGGCUCGAUCCUUCGUCCUUGCCCACAAUGUGCCACCCAAGAAACAACUGAGCUAUCUGUGUAGGCCAAGUUUGAUUUUUUGUUAGGGAAAAAUCUUGGGGUCUUUCAUGCCAUUGAUGUGUGAUUCAAAUACUGUCUUAUAGAAUGCAGUUUUAGUGCCUUAAUUUCGAGUUAUUUCGUGAAUCUUGGCAUGCAAAGAUCUGUUUUUGCAGGAAAUCGAGAUAUGAUGUUUGUGAUAUAGCUCUUUUGUAGUCUCAUUUGCUACUAUCUGCACCAAUAUGGGUGGUUUAAAUUUUAGACCUAAUCUUGCUCUUCUGUGUUUUCACUAGUUUAAGAUUACAGGAUUUGUGGUCUGUAGUUAGCGAUUAGCCGAUUACUAGAAUUUAACUUGUACCUUUGAUGGCUAUGUUUGGUUCAGAAAGGUUAGCUUGUUCCUGCUAGUUACAAAAGAAGAUAAAGUAAAGGAGAUUUAGUUUUCUUUUCUGGUGGCUCAAAAGCUUUCGAGGGUUACAUGCUGCAAUUGCUUGACUAGAAUUUGAGUGAAAUGGGUAAUGAAACGAACACUAAAGUUCGACUGGUUAGAUGCCCCAAAUGCCGACAGAUUCUUCAAGAGUACGCAGAGAUUCCUGUCUACAAAUGUGGAGGGUGUGGCACCGUUCUUCAAGCGAAGAAGAAGAAAAACGAAAAUGCCUGUCCAGAGUUGAGCACUCGAGAAACAACUCAUGGAAGUAUAGAACGGGGUGAGAAUUCAUUGGAAAAGGACAUCAGUAGUUUACAUCAAAAACCCGCACUUUCUCCCCCGUUAGACGCUUUGCAGGAUGAAAACAAACAGAGGAAUCGAGAUGAAUAUGGGGACUGCAACGAGGAGCAGCGUGGAGAAAGGAACUUCUCUGAUGAACUUCAGCUUAAAAGUCGUGAAACUUCAGUUCCAUUUUCACUCCCACGGGCUCGUGAGCAUGUGGAACAAGUUGAUAAAGAGAAACUCCCUUUGGAUCAAAAUGACCGUGGAGCUUGUGAAAUCGAGAGCCCCGAAUCCAGUAGCUCUCUUGCUAGGAGUUCUCAAUUUACUGAACGUAGUCAUCGUGACAGUAAAUUUUCUCCGGGGACUGGAGUAAAUGGCGGUGAAGGUGACAAUCAGAAUGGCUCUGAAGGACUCAAUGCAGUAAACAGUUCCAGAGGUAACUUUUCAACCGAGUUAGCUUGUGAUAACAUUAAAACGCCAUCGCUUGGGCGUGCAGAAAGCAUUUCAUCAGAGAGCGUUGUGCCUCAUCACGAGCAUCCCGAGAAUUCUGAUAAAGAAAUUGCUCCGGGUUUUGACCGUAUAAGCUCCACAGACAGUCUGAAAAAUUUACUUCUUGAUGAUAAGAGAUCCCAGCAUACCGUUACUCACAGAGACAUGUCCAAGUCCCCAGCAACGAGGAGCUAUUAUGCGUAUGAUGGUAGCGCAUCUUCUUGUGACGGGGAUGAUCAAGUGCCUAACCGGUUUUCACAACAAUUAUCCGGGAAUACAGGCUUCAUCAGCCCUGAUGAAUUUGAAUCCGAUUAUGCAUGGACAGUGAACAGCAUGCUGAGGAGAAAGUCGAAGGCACAGCAUCAAGAUUUGAAUUUCGCACCCGUGUUGCCACAGAUGAUUCAACAACUUGCGGGGGGCAGCAACUGGCUCGAAUCUAGAAGACGUUUCGAAAAUAGGAAGAGCUCUCGGGCAAUGAAUGAAACUGGAAGCCCUUCAGGUUAUAGGCAGAACGUUUUCCAUCACCGAUCAGACUUUAAUAUGUCAAGCACGACCACAGAUCGAGAGCCAGACAGAACGGAACUAUUGAGGAUGGUCUAUGAACUCGAAGAACAACUCCACAAAACACGUCUUGGAAAUGGAAAUCCGUUUCACGAUAUGAAUGCUCCGUUUUCUUACAAUCAAUUUGCACCACGGGCUAAUAUAAACUACUCUAGAUGUCCUUCGAGAUGUGGUCAAACCUCGAGACUACCCUUCCCCGGAGGGCAUUUGCAUUGCUCAGCACAGCUGCCUCGUGGUUGCGUUCACUGUAACAAUGGUCAAACUGCGGCCUGUUUUGACCAUAACUAUUGUAACGCCCACCAUUCUAGUUCAUCAAGUCCCCAGCAUUACACGAGCUCCGAGUAUUCCUUGAGUGUCCCCGAGACAAAAUCGAGUGAGCAGAGGCAUACAGACCAAGAGAUGAAGAAAUUACACUUGAGGGAGAAGUAUGCUAAAAGCCGUCUUGUCCUUCCGGUAGCUAGUGCAGCCCCGAUUAUAGCUUGUCAUUACUGCUCGGAGUUAUUACAGAUGCCUUCAGAUUUCGGUCUCUUUAACAGAAGAUGGCAUCCAGUGCGGUGCAAUGCAUGUAUGAAGGUUCUUAAGUUUUCGGUUCAGAAUAGAAUACAUAUAAUGCCAUACCUUACAGAGACUUUAACUCCUCCACCCAGCGAGAUAGAUGACAUCAGGAAUCAGGCACCGGGGUCACAUUAUUGCCCACGUCCUGAAUCUGUAUAUUAUUCUGAUGAUUCGAAACCGUCCUUCUGUCAAAGUGAGGCCGAGGCUUCAUCCAAUAGUUCGCCUAUUCAACCCCCUGGAAGAAGCAUGUUAAACAGAAAGGUCGUGUCUCCUGCUAGGAAAAUGAAGUCUGUUAUGAACGAGGAGUCUGAAAGCAAGCUCCGGAAUUCCAAUGGAACCUCUGAAUCUUCACCGCCAAGAACAGCCCCUGCACUUCAUCGUCUCAUGGGAUACCCCUCACUGAGCCAAGUUUUGAAUCAAGGUUGCUUCGAAUAGCUGUCUUUGCUGAUCCAUUCACGUCUCCAAGAGAAAGCGGGAAGUCAAGAAUGAUACCGGAAGCUGCAGCUCGAUAUAAUGUAAGUCAAAAGGUAUUCUUUGUAUUACAAUGGAACUGCCAAUUCGGGUUUCUUAUAAGUUAGGGUUUGCUUGAUGAGUUUGUAUUUGUGUACACAGCUCUCCCAUAUUAUGUUAUUUUACAGCCUGCUUCUUAUUGUUUGCCU